AAACGCAUUCAACUGUUUGAGAGAUGUACACAGCUUUGCUUGUCGUCUGCCUUCUGCUGCAGCUGGGCGCAGCACCAGGAUCAGCGGAUGGAACACCGCCGUUGCCCACGCCCUCGGCCAGGGGCCACUAUGGCCACGGCGCCGUUGGCUGGUAUCAGCCGGAUAAUAGCGGCAAGUAUCGACACGAGCCCAGGCCCUAUGACGGCGGCUACGGGGAUAGAGGUCAGCCGUAUGCCAAUGAUCUGCGCGGCAUCUUUAGGCAGGCCGAGCAGCAGCUGGCCGCCAGUGUGCAGGAGGCUGAGGAGAACUUUGCGCUGGGGCCGCGCGAUCAUCUGCGCUUCAUGAUCGACUUCAAUUACAACGGCACCGGCUGGCAGAUAAUCCAGUUCGAAUGGGUGCGAGACGGCGAUGGCACAGCCGAGGAUCAGCGUCAGUUCAGCUACGUCAACGAGAACAGGCUCUGGGACACCGAGCGUCAAUCUCAAUCCCAGCCAGCUGGCGCUUACGCAUAUGAGCAGCCCCAGGCGGAGCCAGUGAACGAGCACAGCGGCGAGGAGCAGCAACCACAGCCGAGCUACGAGCAGUCAAAUAUCAAUACAGAAAAGGAUCCCCAGAAAGUGCAGUCAACGAUUAAUGAAGUGCUGGAAUACAUACAACAACGAAUCGUGCCGAAUCUUAACUAAAUUAAAUGAAAGUUAAAAUGUCAACACAAUA